GUUCUAGGGUUCCAAGUCUUUGUAUAAAACCCUCGCAUCUCUCUUCUUUCUUCAAUACUUUCGUUAAUAAAAAUAAUUUGAGAUCUGAGAAAAUCAAACAACGAAAUGGCGUUGCCGAAUCAGCAGACCGUGGAUUACCCUAGUUUCAAGCUCGUCAUCGUCGGCGAUGGCGGAACUGGGAAAACUACAUUUGUGAAGAGACACCUUACUGGUGAAUUCGAGAAGAAAUACGAACCUACUAUUGGUGUUGAAGUCCAUCCGUUGGAUUUCUUCACGAACUGUGGAAAGAUUCGAUUUUAUUGUUGGGACACUGCUGGGCAAGAGAAGUUCGGGGGUCUCAGGGAUGGAUACUAUAUCCAUGGCCAAUGUGCAAUCAUCAUGUUUGAUGUCACUGCAAGGUUGACAUACAAGAACGUCCCAACAUGGCAUCGUGACCUUUGCAGGGUGUGCGAGAACAUUCCUAUAGUUCUGUGUGGCAACAAGGUUGAUGUAAAGAACAGGCAGGUGAAGGCCAAGCAAGUGACUUUCCACAGGAAGAAGAACCUGCAAUACUAUGAGAUUUCAGCUAAGAGCAAUUACAACUUUGAGAAGCCCUUCCUGUACUUGGCAAGAAAACUUGCAGGGGAUCCAAACCUUCACUUUGUCGAGUCUCCUGCUCUUGCUCCGCCAGAGGUGCAUAUUGAUUUAGAUGCACAGAGAAAGCAUGAGGAGGAUCUUGCGGCAGCUGCUGCUCAGCCGCUCCCUGACGACGAUGAUGAUGCAUUUGACUAGAGCGCAUGUUCAUCUCUCAUUCGCUUCACCAUUCUGAAAUUUUUUUGGUGUGAAAUUUGAGUUCUUCGGUACAUUAGGUGUGUGGAUUUCUGGACUGAGAGAAAGAAAGAUGCUAGGAGGGGAGCUUGGUUGAGGUCUCGGAUUGUGAUUACCGUUUGCAUUUUUUUUUAUUAAUUUGCAAAAUUUGUACCCUAUGUUGUGUUAAGGGGGUAGUGUUGCAAGAACCUAAUGUUGCUAUCAGCAGGUUGGAAGUGAAGCUGGGAGAAUGACCAGCUGAGUGGAAUUUGAUUCCUUCGUCUGCUCUGCGAACUGUUUUAUGGGUUGAUGCCCCAAGUGUAGUUGCAUGCCUCCUUGGUUUAUCUUUGAAUCUUCUAUUGUCACAGGUUAACGUUAGGUUAACCCUCUCUUUAGGUAAUUUGUUUUUCUAGCUUCGAUUCUACGGGGUUCGCUAUUUCCGUGGUUUCUCGUAAGUAAUUGAUUUUUAUGUAUGCUUUGGGGGUGGCGGUGUAUAGAUUGCACCGUCUUCAGAUGUUGUAGUUGUUUUGUCA